AUGUCUAAAGAGCAAGAUUCCGUUGAAAAGGAUUCCCAGAUGCUAGAACAGUAUUUAAUUGGGUUAGCUGAAUGUGAGCAAGAAAUGGAUAAAGCAGAAAUAGAUGCCAGUGUCUAUAGAAUCAGGAAAACACAAAGCAUCUAUAAAAAACGUCGUCAAAUACUAACACAGAUUCCUCAAUUCUGGUAUAUUGUAUUAGCUGAAAAUGAUGACUUUCCAGACUAUGUUACCAGUGAUGAUUUAAAAUACAUAGAAUAUAUCACCGAUAUUUACGUGCAUUAUAAAGUUGCUGAUUCUGAAAGCUCCGAAAAUCCUAGAGAUUUUUCAAUUACUGUGUCCUUCAAAGAUGAUGAAAAUGAUGAGCCUUUAGUUGCAACUCAAGAGAUCACCAAGCAUUUUCAUUCUUAUAUUGAAGAUGGAGAAGAGAAGCUUAGUUCAUCACCUGUUUCAGUUGAAUGGCCUAAAGAGUUAAGUGAAAUUAACCCUACACUUAUUAAAAAGAAUAAAGGUAAAGAUUUGUCGUCAGAAGAUAAGAAAAACUACAGAUUGGGAAUGAAAUCAUUUUUUUCGUGGUUUAGCUGGACCGGUACUAAGCCAGGAAAAGAGUUCCGCAGCGGUGACGACUUAACUAGAUUGGUAAUCGAUGAUUUGUUUCCCUAUGCAGUUAAAUAUUACACUGAGGCCUUACCAGGAGACGAGUUGGAUGAUGAAGACAGCUCUGAAGGUGAAGAAUUAGAUAUAAGCGAGGAAGACGAUGACGAAAAUGACAAAAUACAAAAAGACGUCUCGGACAGUAAGAAGCGAGCUGCAAAGCUGACUGAUCAACCCUCAAAAAAGAAGAAAUAG